ACAGCUGCGCAGUGGCGCCCAGGCAGCUGGGUGGGGGCGGGGGAGCUGCCAGCCCGCCAAGCCCCAGACCUGGGAGGGGAGGCCCCUCCUGUUAGCCCAGAGGGAAAGAAGGAACUGGGGCGAUCCGGGAAGGCCAUAGCCACAAUGCUUAACUGCAUGCUUCCAACAUGGGGCUGGUUUUAACCCAGCGCUCUGACCUAAACUGCUCAGCUCCCGGAAAUUCCAAGGAGGAACCUGGUGGCCUUAGUCCUUCAGGUGGAUCAACGUGCGACAUGGGAAAGAAAACCAAGAGGACAGCUGACAGCUCUUCUUCAGAGGAUGAGGAGGAGUACGUCGUGGAAAAGGUGUUAGACAGGCGCAUGGUUAAGGGGCAAGUGGAGUAUCUGUUGAAGUGGAAAGGCUUUUCUGAGGAGCACAAUACUUGGGAGCCUGAGAAGAACUUGGAUUGUCCUGAACUAAUUUCUGAGUUUAUGAAAAAGUAUAAGAAGAUGAAGGAGGGUGAAAACAAUAAGCCCAGGGAGAAGUCAGAAGGAAACAAGAGGAAAUCCAGUUUCUCCAGCAGUGCUGAUGAUAUAAAAUCUAAAAAAAAGAGAGAGCAGAGCAAUGAUAUCGCUCGGGGCUUUGAGAGAGGACUGGAACCAGAAAAGAUCAUUGGGGCAACAGAUUCCUGUGGUGACUUAAUGUUCUUAAUGAAAUGGAAAGACACAGAUGAAGCCGACCUGGUUCUUGCAAAAGAAGCUAAUGUGAAAUGUCCACAAAUUGUGAUAGCAUUUUAUGAAGAGAGACUGACGUGGCAUGCAUAUCCAGAAGAUGCGGAAAACAAAGAGAAAGAGAGCUCAAAGAGCUAAAGGAGGGGGGUGGUCUCUGUCAUUUCUCUUUGUAUAUAAUACGUUCACCUUCCUGCCUCCUCUCCCUUCUCCCAUCCUUUUCCAUCCUAAACACAUCCAUAAAAUAUGUGCUUAUCACUGUGCUUCAUGGGAGAGAUGUUGGUAUUGGUUCUCUUGUAAUAUAACUGAUGGUCGGAUUCAUAAGUGUAACUCUGUGAAAAUCAGGCAUUUACAUGCUGUGUGUAAUUCCCACAGUUUUUCCUUCUACCCUGAUCUUUUCCUUCUGCUCCCCUGUAACAUUUUAAUCACCUUAGAGUUUUUUUGGGCCAGUUGCUUUUUAAGCUGGGGGAUUUUAUUACAAUGAUGAUGACUUCCGUUUCUUUUCAUUGUUAUUAGAAUACAUUGAUGACCACCUUUGUUUUGACAUAGAAAGGAUGUUGUCCAUCUUUUAGAAAGCCUAUAGCAGUGGCCUACUUGUGUCUUUUCCUGUCUCAUUUAUCUCUGCCAUGAGAAUAUAGGGUUUCUGGUGUGGUCUUCUGGGCCACCCCUGUCUGUUCUCACUUACCCUUCCGUAACAACUCUGCUCUUUUGAGGGCUUAAAACUUUACAUUUAAAUCUGUCUAGGCACUCUCUUUAGCCCUCAGGCUUUUGGCUUUUUUAUUAUCAAUCCCUGAUUCUGCUUCUGUAAGGUGGCAUAAAAUGACAAGAUUAACUGUGGAGUCUGUAAGCUGUAGUGCAGGAGGAUGGUAGGAUGAGGCCAGAUAGUUGUCUUUGGUAUCACAUGGUAUAUAUGUGUUCUUUCCUUUCAUCCCUCGUAUUUAGACUAUAUCUAUUUAUGUAGGUGUGAGUGAUUGCCUGGGGCUUGCUUGUGCCAAGGUGCUGGGCACCCUCUAACCCUGCCAACUUUUAUGGCCUCCCAAAGCUUCCUGUUACCAAAGAGGCAUCAGAGCAAAUUCACCUCUUAGUGGACUCACAUUCCCUUACGUGCCAUUAUUUUCAAUUGGGAAUUCUUAGAGAGAAGCCACUAGCCACAGUAUCAGUUUUUAAAUACUCACAGUAGUACUAAUCUGUAAUUUUACUGCCUCAUGACUCCUGGAUUUGCCACCAAGUCCUCAAAGUAUUAAUGUUCCUCACCUUCUCCACUCUCAGACUUUUAGUUGUAUCUUAUUUUUAAAACUAUAUUUUCUUGGAAGACUAUCAUCUCAGAAAGUGACAGGUCUUGACAUUAGCUUUUUGGCACAACCUUCUCACAACAGACUUUACUUUUUGGCUUACUCUUGCUUUGCUGUUAAUAUGUUCUGACCCUACUCUGCUUUUUUGUCCUUUAAGAAAUGCCACCUUCUCUUCAUUCUUGUAUAGUUGAGGAGGCUGGAGAAUCAGGACUAAAAGUAAGGAAAUAGCAGGGUUUGGAGCUAAGUACUCUUGUCCCAGCUCCAAGACUGAGGAUAAAAGAGUAAAUGCUGAGGUAGCCUUAAUGCUAGACUUAAUCAGCUACUGAGGCUGUUUUUGUUGUUGCUUCUGAUUCUUAUAACAUAGCUGUCUGGGCUGGAACAUCCAGCCAUUUCUGGAUUAUUCAUGGUAAUGAGAGAAGUGGAUGGAGUGCUCCAGUCCACAGAUGAGCCAAAUAAUGUGCAAAUCAUAGACCCAUUCAUAGCGUUUGUUAGCUUUGCUUUUCUGCUCAGCUGCUGAUUGAAUCCUGUGUGCUUGCAUAAAUGUGUCAACAGUUACACUGCACAGUGGAGACAGCUGCUGCAGUGACGAGGCAGACAGACAGAGAAGCUGUGCUUUGAGUCAGCCAGGGAGAGCACCUAACCCAUCCCUCACCUCCAUAAUCCAUUGUUCUCUGAAGGAGUUAGAGGCUAGAUCAAGGGCUGGAUAAGUGACUGUUGUCUGUACUUGAGGAAGGAAGGGAGGGAGGUUAGAAAGCAGAUUUACAUACAAACAACCAAGGAGAGUAGAUGAAAACGGACAGAAGUACGCCAGAGCUCCUGAGUGAUCUGAGUCUCUGUUUGAAAACGGGAGGAAAGGACAGCCUGUCUGGGUAGUCAGUGGUAGUGGGCUUGUAAAUUGGGGUGACAAAAUCUUUUAAAGCCAAAAUCUUAGCCUGUGGGCAAACAUAACAGUGAUAUUUGGUACUUGAUACUAAGACUGCUGCUAAGAAGCCAGGCCUGGUGGCUUAAGCAUAUAGCCCCAGACUGUGAUACAGGGGUGUUUUAUGUUCCAGGCCUUCUGGGAAACUUAGUGAGACCCUGUCUCAAAAUAAAAAGUAUAAACGACUGAGGAUAUAGUUUGUUCAGAGUUCAAUCCUUUGUAAUGCAAAAAAGUCUAGGGAAGGAGUGGCCCUGAGAAGUCCGCAGUGCAUAAUCGCUGAGACAGUGGAUGGUGUUUAACAAGAUCAUGUAUAUUUGCCAUUGUUUUAAUAAUCUUUACUCCAUCUUUUCGGUCCUCAGUUCAUGGUUUUCUGCUAAGUAUUACCACAGUGUCCUUGUUCUUAAUAUUAUUGCUGGUUAUAUCUAGAAAUAGAGAACUGUGAUUUCAGUAUUAUCUUAAGUGUGAAGAAGUCAGACACCCGCCUGUGCCUCUAGCAUGUGUUGGUGCCAAGUAGCUUGUUUCUGCUAGAGGAUGGCAGCCUCAGAUAGAAGGUGAAACACUCUUAAACACCUAAGUAUAUUUUCCUGUGUAAAUCCUUUCCAGAACUAAUUUUGUGGUAUUAGGAAUUGAACCUGGGGUAGCUUAGAUAUGCCAGGCAGGUACUCUACCACUGAACUGAUAUGUGCCCCAUGCCCGACACACACCAUUUUGUUGUAGACCAGGCUGGCCUCACACUCAAGAUCCACUUGCCUCUGCCUCCUGAGUCCUGGGAUUUAAAGGCUGCCUUGGCCUAUUGUUGUUUGAAAGAAAGUUUCAUAUACCAGGCUAGCCCUAACUUGUGGUAUAUAGUCAAAGGUGACCUUGAAUUCUUGAUCCUCCUGCCUCUGCCUCCCAAUCCCUAGGAUUACAAGUGUGUGCCACCAUACCUGGCUCUCUCAGCCCCUUUUUAAAAUUUUUAUUUUGAGACUGGCCCUUCGAAGUUACCUAUGUUAGACAGGUAUGGUGGUACACACCUUUAAUCCCAGCAUUUAGGAGGCAGAGCAGGUGGAUCUCUGAAUUGGAGGCCAGCCUGGUCUAUAUAGUGAGUUCUAGGCCUGCCAAGGUUAUAUAGACCCUAAUCUCAAAAGGAAUAUAAAGAAAAGGAUACCUAGGCCAGCCUCAAACUUAUGGUCUUUUUGUAUCAGUUGUGAGGAACCAUGCCUAACUCAAUAUUUUUUAAAGUUAAUUAUUUUAUGUAUAUGGGAUUUCUGUUUGCAGAUAAGUCUGUACACCAUGUGCAUGCCUAGUUCCCUAGGAGACCAGAAGAGAGCACCAUAUCCUCUGGGAUAGGAGUGAGCCACUAUGUGGGUAUUGAGAAUCAAAUCCUUGCUCUCUGCAAAAGUAAUCAGUGCUCUUAACUGCUGAACCAUCUCCCCAGCCCCUCAAAUCAUGUUUUUUGUUUGUUUGGUUUUGGUUUUUUGAGACUGGGUUUCUUUGUUUAGCCCCUGAAGUUGCUUGGUAAGCUCACCUCAAACUCACAGAGAUCUGCCUCUGCCUCCUUAGUGAUGAGAUUAAAGGAGUGCACCACCACCCCCACUGCCAGGCUCAAAACAUCUUCCUGGAUCUGAAUUUCUUUUUUCUUUUCCUUUUUUUUUUUUAAUUAAUUUAUUUUUUUCCUGUGUAGUUCUGGAUGUUUCUUGCUGGCUUCACCCUCUAAUAGGCAUGUUACCAAGAGCAUAUUGCCAGCUUUACACAAAAGCAGGGAUGAACGGGGUAACCCACCAACUUUACACUGUGCUGUUCACAUUCCCACAGCAUUAGCAUACAUCAGUAUUGGUUUCAUUCAACAAACAUUUUGGUUCAGGAUACAAGGUUCAUCACCGUUGCCUCUCAGAGAACUUUGAUAAUGGUGUGGGAUGAACUGAUCAUUACAGUUUUGUAUAGUAAAUAACUACACAUACAUAUAAGUUUCUGGUUUGGGGUAGAACAGUCAAGUGUGUAGAAGGAUGAGUCUUGGGUGGGCAGUUUAGUGACAGAGGGCUAGUGGAGCAUUCAUGAAGCCCUGGGUUCCCACAGGGAAAACCCCUGGAGUGGAAAAGACCUGUGGUCUUAGAUGAACUGAGCUUACUGUCCAUGGGGAGCAUUGCAGAAAAUGAAGCAAGUAGGAAUGCUGUCCUUACCAGGAGGGUACAGAUAAGUGAACACCGAGAACCUUCAGCUCUUUUGGACUCUGCCAAAACAUGAAUGCCCCUCAUGGUUGCUUUGCUUGUGGACAGCAUUGCUGCAUUCCAGAUGCCUUUGUGUGCUGUGCUAUGGGUCCUUGUUUUAGCAAGUUGUUCACACUCUUCAAUUUCUCACCCCUUUUGAAGAAAUCAACAUGAGGCUGGCUUUAAAGUCCAAAGCAUACCAUCUAAUGACAGGCUUUGGUUUUUUGUUUGUUUGUUUUUGGGUUUUUCAAGACAGGGUUUCUCUGUGUAGCUUUGCGCCUUUCCUUUAACUCACUCUGUAGCCCAGGCUGACCUCGAACUCACAGAGAUCUGCCUGUCUCUGCCUCCCGAGCGCUGGGAUUAAAGGCGCCACCACUGCCCAGCGACAGGCUUUGUUAAGGCUUAGGGACUGGCUGCCUCUGGGUCAGGCACUGCCGUUAAAGCUUAGGGACCGUCUGCCUCUGGGUCAGGCACUGCCAUUCAGUUCUAAGCAGCACCUGUGUCACGUAUGUGAAAACCUUCCCCAGAAACACGUGUCCCAGCUCCUCAGGCUUCAUCUGUCCAAGGAGGUGGACCAUGAAGCCCCUCCCAGUUAAAGCUCUCAUCCCAGUUAAAGCUCUCAUUCUGACUCUUGCGAACACAAGAAAAAGAUCUUAGCUCCACCUAGAUAAUUGGCUCACUUCAGAAGUCAGAAUUCCCAGGAAUUCAACUAACUGUUCUAGAAAGUUAAAAUGUGAAGUUUCUUGUCUCUUCUUUGCUUAUGUUGACCUUUUUUUUUGAAUUUUAAUCUACCUCUUAUUUUUGUAUUGCCACUUGUGCAUCAAGCUUGACUUUGGCCUAAGAUGGCACUCUUGUGUUGUUGACAGUUCAUUCUCUUGCCUUUUCUCUUGGCCCUCACUUCACCUAACAUCAUCUUCCGUUGCUCUUGUCAGAAAUAUGUUUUAAAGUCUUUUUUAUGGGAAGAAGUAAUCCACCGAAGCUGUUUGUCUCUGAGGUCAAUGAGAGAAGGGGUCAAAAGACAGUGGUGGAGGAAGGCAGAUCCUGCACUGGAGGCAGAAGCUGACAAGGAAAGAGCCAUUAAUUAAAGACAAUUUCAAAGUCAACUGAUUGUGAUCAUUAAUGUCACAAUAGAUCAAAACCUAAUUAUCACAGCCUAGGUAAGAGCCAUCAGUAUUAAUCGGAAAAUCUAAUAGGAAACUAUUAUCAGGAAAUUAGGCCAAAUUGAAUGCAAUGAACUUUUUAUCAUUCUCUUUUUUUUGGUAAUGUUCCUUGGCAUUGGCAGUUGUGACCCUAACAGUUGGUCCAAGCCCAAAUUGAUAGUUACACUUUUUUCGAGACAGGGUUUCUCUGUGUAGCUUUGUGCCUUUUCUGGAUCUCGCUCUGUAGACCAGGCUGGCCUCGAACCCACAGAGAUCCACCUGCCUCUGAUAGUUUCACUUUUAAAGAGCUUUUGCCCCCCCCCCCCCCCCCCAGGCUGGCCCCAGUACUUACAGUCUUCCUGCCUCAGCCUUCAGAGCACUGGGGUUUUGAGGGGGUGUGUGCAUUCAGGCUUAUGUGUGUGUAGGGGGCGGGGUUUGAACUCAGGGCCUUGUAUAUUCUAGACAAGUGCUCUACCACUGAGCUAUAUUCCUAGCUCAAAGAGUAUUUUGUUAGGGGAGUUUUUAGACAGACUAAAUCUGAGCUGUCAUUGCUGAAACACUACCCUUGAAUUUUCAUCACCUGGAUUUGUCCAGUGUAAUCAGCCAUCAGUGGAAUAUAUACAUAUAUCUUAAAGUCUUAGAGUGCCCAUGGUGAACAUUGUACUGAUGUGUUACUAUACCAUCCCUCAAGUUCUUGUUCAAUGUAGAGUUUUUCACUGGCUACUAUGAAGGCUGUGGGAGGAAGGGCAUGUCCUGCUUUGAAAUUCUUAGAAAACUCAUAAAAAGAUCAUUUCCUUGUGUGACAACAUUCUCAAGAUUAAGUCAGUGUUUUCCAACUCCGACAGGUUCUCUCCCCCACCCCCAUAGUUUUAAGAUAGGAACAUAAUGAUUUCCCACUAGAAUGGGGUGGGGGGAGGGCUCAACUGGUUUCUGUCCACCUUGGUUUGUUUCUGUUUUCCUUUCUGUGUUACAAGUUAGAUCUCUGGCAGCGGGAGGAGCCAUCACUAUAUCCUUAAGCUGUAUGUGAAGAUGCCACCACUCUUGGGUGAGAUGAGGCAGACCGUAGAAAAACUGUUUCCUUUGGGUGUCGCAGGAGGAAUACCAGACAACAGAAGGCAGUAGAAUCAUGGACACUUUGCCUGCUUUUGGGCGCAGCCCUGCAGCCCUGCAGCCCUGCUGUGCUUCAGUUGCUCAGUCCUGCUUAUUGAUCGUAUGUGGGAGGGCCAUGCUGCUUUCUUCGUGUUUGGAACCUGGAUGAUUUUACUCAGUUGAAGACUGAAAAAUCAAUGUCUUAAUACUUCACUUGUUAAUGAAUUUUAGUGUUUAAAAUGCAACCUGAUUUUCAAAAUGGCACUAAGGUGAUCUUCAGAAGCAAGGCUCCUUGGGUUACUCCAGGUGAGCAACAGCCCUCAUGUAACAGUCUGAUGGUUGCCCUCAUCUGGCUGCCGUGAGGUGACUGAAAGCAAAAUGUUCUAAUGGAUACUGACUGUGCCAGCCUCCCCACUUGGUCUUAAUGGCUGACCUUGGGCAAGUCUUUCCUUUCAAUGCCUCAGUUCCCCAUCUGUCAAAUGGGGUAAUAAUACUGACCUACCUCAUGGGGUGUUGUGAGGCAUUACAGAUCAGAACUGAUGACUCCUUUGGGGUUGCCUGUGGAGGAUGCCUUGAGUUGACAUUUUUUUAGCCCUCACUGAACUGUUUCCAAGUUUGGAAGUACUUAGUGACCUUGGCAAGUUUCUGCCCCUCCACCCCUCAUCAAAGCUGCUAGUUAAGAUGUUGACAGUGUUUUGUGAAUGUUGGAGUCUUGAUAGUUCAGACUAUCUUGGGAUGUUAGAGUAGGCACUAGGGUUUUGUGCCUUGCAUUCACAAAGAGGCUGUUUCAAACUCAAGAAUCUUGGGUUAGAGAAUCAUGAGGCAGGAAUGUUACAGUAUUUCUUUCUCUGUAGGUUGGGAGUUAAGGACCUAUUCCCAUGGACUUAUAACCACUUCUGUCCAUGAGCAAAGCAACCCUGGUAGUUUGGAUUUAUAUUGUUUCUUUCAUUUUCCAGACUGGUCCCAGGAUAGUGAGAUCACUGUUCCUCUGUGCUCCUAAGCCUCUGCUUCUCGUAGAAACCAGAUGGUUCAAUCAACAUAACCCUCCAUUUGCCACCAUUGGUUCUCAAGGCUUCAUCCAGUUCACUGUGUGUGGAAUCUGUCACCUCUUUCCCAGUGUCCACAGUCUGACCCUUACUGAGGACAUCUUGGACACUUGUUUGCCCACUCAAGAGCCUUACUCUUUCCGUCUCACUUAGGGGCUAAGGCAGCCCCUAGCUCUUCCAGACAGGGCUCUUUCCCUUUUCCCUCCUUGACCCUGGAUUGGUAACCUGUGAAAAAGCACAAGGUCCUGGAUCCCUGGAGGCACACUCUCCAGUUCUGUUAGGUGUACUCUGCUCCUAAUGGGGGUCGGGAGUGGGGGGGUGGUUCUUUGAAGUUCUAGAGGAUGGAGAAGGAGCAGUCUCAUGUCCUGCCAAGUGGUAGCCAGCAGCUGCCUUACCCCUGCCUGCUGGCCAUGUUCCCACUCCCUAGAAUGGGCUUUCAGAGACCCUAGAGCUGGCUUUCCUCAGCAUUGUGCCAUUCUGAGUAGGAAGCAGGUCAUACCUUGUAGCACGUGUGUCUGAAUGGAAGUGAGACAUUGAAUUCUCUGUGGACUUUUUUGGUUUGUGGGGGAGUUUUGGUUACGUUUCUUGGUUUUAUUUCAGCCAAACUCGUCUGCUUUUGAUUUCUUUAAAGGAUAAAUGUUCUAUAUAUAAGUUUGCAUUUUAAGUGUAAAUGUUUUUAAAAAUAGACAUUUAUGUCUUUCUACAACUGACAUCCAAUUCAGACGUCAUUCUCCCCCCCUUCCACCCUCUUUCCCCCCUCUUUUCAUACUCUUGUAUUGAUUCUAAUAAACGGUUGCUUUUCAAAUAUG